AUGGGGUCCAAAGGACUUUUUAAACCCACUUGGACUAAUACUCUCUUGCCUUAUCCUGUUGCAGGACACCGAGGGCCCUGUGACCAUUCUCUAAAAUGCCUAAGCUCAAAAAUCUCUGAGCGAAAGAUGCAAGGCUCCUGGUCACCUGCAGGCCGAGGGCCUCUGGAGAAACCAGUCCUGGGGCCGCGUGGUGCCAUCAUGCCCAUGUUCAGUCCUCAGAGUGGCCUUCACUCAGUCUGAGCUGAGCACAGCCCACUGAAGCCCAGGGUGGUGACGGUGGUGAAGCUGGGUGGGCAGUCCCUCCGCAAGGCCACCUUGCUUCUCAACAGGCGGUCAGUGCAGACCUUCGAGCAGCUCCUAGCUGACAUCUCCGAAGCCCUGGGCUUUCCAAGAUGGAAGAGUGACCGGGUAAGGAAGCUGUUCACCCUCAAGGGCAGAGAAGUCAAGAGUGUGUCAGACUUCUUUAGGGAGGGUGAUGCUUUCAUAGCCAUGGGCAAAGAGCCGCUGACACUGAAGAGCAUUCAGCUGGCUAUGGAGGAGCUGUAUCCCAACAGGAACCGGGCCCUGGCUCUGGCCCCACACAGCCGAGUCCCUUCCCCAAGGCUGAGAAGUAGACUUCCCAGCAAGCUUCUGAAAGGAGGUCACCGCUGUGGGGAGAUGGGAAAUGGUAGUGAGGCUGCGGGCUGCAGGGCAGUUGCCAGGCAGCCUGGGAAGACCUCCACAGAGGUGGCCUUGGAGGACAAGGUCAGAGUGCAGAAGAAGUGGCCAAGAGGGAAACAGGAGCCAGACCCUGGUGGCCUGCCACCCAGGGAAGCCACUCUGGAGGGGACACUUGCAAGUGGAGAGAAGCAUCUGGGGGUGGAGAUUGAAAAGACCUCCGGGGAGAUUGUCAGGUGUGAGAAGUGCAAGCGGGAGAGGGAGCUGCAGCUCGGCCCGCAGAGGGAGCGGCGCCCCCUGGGAACCAGUGAGCUGGACCUGGGGCGGGGGCAGAGGUGGGAUGCUGAGAAGUUGGUGAGGACUAAGAGCUGUAGGAGGGCUUCUGAGGCAAACUCUGCAGAUGGAGAGGAAGGCUGGAAGGAUGACAGCCAUCGCAGCAGCCCCAGUAAUCCUCCUCAAGAGCUGAGAAGACCCGGCAACAACUUGGAUAAGAAAGAGGACAGAAGCCCAGAGGGUCAGGAAAGUCGCCCUCAGGGAGCAGCCAAAGCUCAGAAGGACCUUGUGGAAGGUUCACCAGGCAUAGAAGAGGGGCUGGUGGAUGUGAGGAAAGACCCCAAACACACUUGCAGGAAUAAGCAUGAUGGCUGGCUCCUGAGAGAGCACCAGGCUGAACCCCAGCAGCUCCCUAGGGCCCGAGGAGAGGAGAAGGAAGCAGACCAUGAGAAGAAGCCAGGUGGGUCAGGAGGAAGGAAGAUGGUGCCAGAGAAGGCGCUCAAGACGCGGCCGGAAGAGAACAAGCCAGAACGGCCCAGUGGCCGGAAGCCGAGGCUCAUGGGUAUCAUCUCAGCCAAUGUGGAGAAGUACUAUGAGACCGGAUGGGUCAUCGGGGAUGGGAAUUUUGGCAUCGUAAAGGAGUGUAAGCACCGCGAGACUAAGCAGGCUUACGCCAUGAAGAUUAUCGACAAGUCUAAGCUCAAGGGUAAGGAGGAUAUAGUUGACAGUGAGAUCUUAAUUAUCCAGAGCCUUACUCACCCCAACAUAGUGAAACUGCAUGAGGUCUAUGAAACAGAAGCAGAAAUCUACCUGAUCAUGGAGCAUGUGCAGGGAGGGGAUCUUUUUGAUGCUAUCAUAGAAAACGUGAAGUUUCCAGAGCCAGAUGCUGCCCUUAUGAUCAAGGACUUGUGCAGGGCCCUGGUCCACAUUCACGACAAAAGCAUCGUUCACCGGGACCUCAAGCCAGAAAACCUCCUG